CUCAUUCUCCCCCGAACCCUUAAAACGCCUCCUCUAUUCGAACCCUUUCUCUCGCCGCCGUUGUUCAUCUUCUCCUUAGCUCGCCUCUCGAUUCGUCGUCCUCUUUCGCUCUCCUGCUCUCGAUUUUUCUAAGCAGGAUUCACAAGGAUGGUGAGAGUUAGUGUUUUGAAUGAUGCUCUUAAGAGCAUGUACAACGCUGAGAAGCGUGGGAAGCGACAGGUGAUGAUUAGGCCGUCGUCAAAAGUGAUCAUCAAAUUCCUUCUUGUUAUGCAGAAGCACGGAUAUAUUGGCGAGUUUGAAUAUGUUGAUGAUCACAGAGCUGGUAAAAUCGUUGUUGAGUUGAAUGGGAGGUUGAACAAAUGUGGUGUUAUUAGUCCUCGCUUUGAUAUUGGUGUUAAAGAAAUCGAGCCGUGGACUGCAAGACUGCUUCCUUCACGUCAGUUUGGGUACAUUGUCCUGACAACUUCUGCUGGUAUCAUGGAUCAUGAAGAGGCUAGGAGAAAGAACGUUGGCGGUAAAGUACUUGGCUUUUUCUACUAGAAGGCAUUUUUGUUUGCGAGAUGGAGGCUAAUAUUGGUAUAAUUUAUGAUUAAGAAUAUGAUUUUCUGUGAGGAACUCUUUAGAGGAAUUUUGGAACUUCGAUCAAAGCUGUUCUUUUGUUUGUGUUUACUGUGAACUAUCAAAUGCAGUAGGAAAGUGUUGGUGUUUCCUUUGAAGAUUGUGUAAUCUGAAUUCUUGCUUUAUUUCAAACCUUGUUCUGCAGCGUAGAAAUUUGAGUUCAAA